CGGCACCAGUAGGCGUAACGGGGAUUAAAGAGCAGCCGGGGCGACCGAAGAUGUGGAUAUCAUUUUAAAAAGAAAUAACAGUGGAAAUACUGUGGUUGAACAAGAGAUACCGUGUUCCAGUGCCAUUUAAAGUCAUGGACGCCUUCAAACUGAUGAAGGAGUUGAGGACAAAUUGUGAACAGGAGAUGUACUAUCUCCCCAAGGAAACGGGGCUCAGCCUGAUCGAGUCCACCACACAGAUGGACAGGAUCUCGGCCAAGUGUAGAGAUGCCAAAGUUGAGGACCUUUGGAGCCUGACUAGUUUUUUUGGCUACAGCACACAGACCUUUGUCUUGGCUGUGAACCUGCUGGACCGAUUUCUAGCCAUGAUGAGGAUCCAGCCCAAGCAUCUCUCGUGCGUCAGCCUCAGCUGUCUUCACAUGGCCGCCAAAGUCACGGAGGAGGAGUGCGACCUCUCCUCCACGGACGAGCUCAUUCGCAUCGGCCAGUGCAAGUUUACCGUCUCCGACCUCAGCCGCAUGGAGAAGAUCAUAGCCGAGAAACUCAACUUCAAGUCCAAAGCCAUCACUGCCUUAACCUUUCUGCACUUGUACCACCAGAUAGCACUUUCACACUCCACCGACAGGAAGGAGACUUUGACCCUGGACAAGCUGGAGGCUCAGCUGAAGGCCUGCCUGUGUCGGAUCUCCUUCUCCAAAGCCAAGCCUUCUGUAUUGGCCCUGUCUCUCCUGAGACAGGAAAUAGAGGCUGUUCAGUCUGGGGAAAUGUUGGAGUUCGCACACCAUAUCCAGAGACAUCUCAAGAUUGCAGACGGCGAGCUUCUGUACUGGUGUGACCUCGUGGCCAAGUGUCUGUCGGACUACGCCUCGCCUGAAUGUAGCAAACCCAACCAUAGAAAGCUAGUGUGGAUCGUGUCGAGGCGCACUGCCCAGAACCUCCAAAGCAGCUACUGCAGUGUCCCCGACCUACCCACAAUCCCCGAGGGGGGGUGGGAUGAGAGUGAAAGUGAGGAUUUGUGUGAAGAAAUGAGUUCGGGGGAGGAGAGUCUGAGCAGCUCCCUUGGCAGCGACGCCGAAGGCCCCUACUUCCCCUUCCACCUCUGCGGCCAAAAACACCAUCAACACCUCUCCACCUAGAACCUCCACCACAGACUGUGCCUCCUUUCUAAAAAGAAAAAAAAAAGCUUUUUUAACAAUCUCUUAUAUUUUAAUUUAUUAUCUAGUAACAGAGAGUUCUCAUUUUUGGCUAGGUUCUGAACAACAAUAACAACAACAACAACAAAAUGAUCCGCAUACUGUAACAAUCUCAGACAAAAGCCCCAGUGCAGAGAAACGUACUGGGAGAACAUUGCACAAUGCCGGCAGCUGAAAAGGUCGGACUCUAGUUAGUUGUUGCGUUAGACUUGUUUUAGUCGGUUAGAUGUUUUGAUAGUUUCUGUGCAUGUCGACAUUUGUAACAUUCCAGGCCACUAGAUUUAAAAGGCGCAAACUUGACAGUUCUGGCAGAUCGGCCCGACGCAGCAAUAAGGUCGCAGCCUCAGACCACUCUGCGUUUAGCGCGCUACGAUACCUUUCCAUAAGGCGUCUGCCGGUUUUUAACCGUCCUGUGAAUGUUUGCGGCGUCCUGGUGCAUCAGCGUGUACUGUGGCUAGGUGGAUACCAGCCACAGACUGGAAACCGCUACCGAGUCCUCCUGUCACAAACCAGUACGGCUGACGAAGAAAUGUCCUACGCCAAAAACGUUGUGUUUCUUAAACACAAUGCCAUUGUUUAGACUGUUAAGCUGACACUGGUUGUGUUAAGAACAGGUAGUUUGUAUCCUUGAACUAUUAUUUGCACAGGUUAAUUGUUUCUCUUUGUGUUGAGUUGCGAGUGUUGAGGGAACGUUAGCAGUUUUUGCUUUCUUGCUAGUUAAGAAAAUGGGGAGAUUUUGACGGUUUUCGUUUUUCAAAAUAUUCUGCCCUUGCUUAUCUGAAGCGUUACCCUGUCUGAGCAUCAAGAGCACAGUACAGACUCCCCCCCCAAAGAUGCCACAGUCUGGCCACCCAGCACCGGGGGGGAAAAGUGCCUUGCUCAAGAGCAACCCGGAGGGGGGGCAUUUGGGUUUGUUUUGUUUAUUCAGCUUUACACUCCUGUUUUUCCAACAACUUGAAGUUGAACAAACAAUCCCUCAGUUGUGAUACCGGCUUGUCUGAACUCAAAUGUCACGGGAUCCCUUCAAGGUCUAAACCUUCCAAGACUGAACCUUGGACAGUAGAAGUCUGAUAGUCUGCAUGGUCUUUUGUUCAAGACUUAAAAAGAAUGUGUGUGUGUGUGUGUGUGUGUGUGUGUGU